UUCAAAUUAAGUUUGUUUUGACAUUACUGACAUGUGAGUUUUAAACCUAACCUCAAAUUUAAAACCUUUCUAAGAUGUCACGUAUAAUUGUUAAAAAUCUACCUAAAAAGAUUACCGAAGAAAAAAUUCGCAAAAUUUUUGGAGAAAGAGGUUUAUUAACCGAUGUUCAAUUAAAAUAUACAUCUGAAGGAACAUUUAGACGAUUUGCUUUUUUGGGGUAUCAAACUGAAAAAGAAGCACAAGAAGCUAUUAAGCAUUUUAAUAAUACCUGUAUACAAACUAAUACAAUUGUUGUUGAAGCUUGCGCAGCUUUAGGUGAUGUUGCUAAACCAAAAUCUUGGAGUAAAUAUUCUGCUGAUAGUUCAGCUUAUAAGAAAUUACAUCCUGAAACAAUUCAAGAUGAAUUAAAGAAAAAGAAAGAGGAUAAUAAAAAAAGUGAAAAGAAAUUGAACAAGGAUGAUAAAAAAGCUGAAAUUUUAAAAAAGUAUAAAGAUGAUCCCCAAUUUGAAGAAUACCUUCAAGUUCAUGCACCCCAUGAAAUUGAAUUAUUAAAUAAUUUAAGGACAAAAAAAGAUAGUGAUGAUGAAAGUGACGAUUCAUCUGAUUCAGGAGUUUCUGAACCAACUAAUGAUAUAAAUGAAAAUGAAGAGAAAGUGGAUACAUCUAAGAUUAAACAAGAAAAGAAACAAAAACAAAAAAAAGAUUUAAAAUUAUUCAAUUUAAAGCUGAAAGACUUACCCUAUAAAUGUAAAAAGAAAGACAUAAAAGAAUUUUUUAAACCAAAUAUUCCGUUUUCUAUAAGAAUCCCACGAAAUAUUAAAGGUAUAGCUUUUGUUGGAUUUAAAAAUGAGAGGCAAAUGAAGAAAGGUUUAAUGAAAGAUCGUAGUAUAUUAUCCGGGAAAAGCAUAUCUGUAACUAAGCAUAUAGAUCCAACAAAUAAAGGAGAUGACGCACAAGAUCCUAAGAAAGUCAAAUGGAAAUCCCAAGAAGAAAAAUUAAAAAAUGAGGAAGAUAUUGGAGAAUCUGGGAGGAUAUUUAUUCGAAAUUUGGCGUAUAUUACAACUGAAGAUGAUGUUCAAAAUCUAUUUGCAGCUUAUGGUCCUAUAACAGAAGUAAACUUGCCAAUUGAUUCCACAUCACGUAAAAUGAAAGGUUUUGGUAUUGUAACUUUUCUGUUGCCAGAACAUGCUGUAAAAGCGUAUUCUGAAUUGGAUGGUUCAAUUUUGCAUGGGAGAAUGCUUCAUUUACUUCCUGGAAAAGCAAAGGACGUUCAAGAAAAUGAAGAAGAAGGAAACAUAAAUUAUAAAAAGCAGAAAGAAAAAAAGCAAAAAGCUCAAGCCGGAUCAUCACACAAUUGGAAUUCAUUGUUUAUGGGGCAUGAUGCAGUUGCUGAAGCAAUGGCAGGAAGUUAUGGAACGAGUAAAAAAGCGGUUUUAGAUCCUCACGGACAAAGUAACGCAGCCGUUAGAUUAGCCCUUGGAGAAACACAAAUCGUAACAGAAACCAGAAAAUAUUUGGAAGCUGAAGGAGUUAUUUUAGAUGCUUUUAGUGGGGGGUCAAUUAAACGCUCAAAAACUAUUAUUUUAGUAAAAAAUCUUCCAGCUAAUACUGAAAUAGUGGAAUUAAGAAGAGUUUUUGAAAAGUAUGGUAUUGUAGGUAGAGUGGUUUUGCCUCCAAAGGGAAUAACUGCAAUAGUGGAAUUUAUUGAACCAACUGAAGCUAGAAAAGCGUUUUCAUCGUUAGCUUAUUCACAAUUUAAAAGUGUACCACUUCUUCUUGAAUGGGCCCCCGAAAAUAGUUUACAGGCGAAAUCUUUAAGCAAAAAUAAUAAAAAUCAAUCUAUAACAAAUGUGAACAAUGAGAAUUCUAAUGUACAAAGCGAAACGGAAAACGUUUCUGAAUCAAAACAAGAAGAAAAUGAAGUGGAAGAAGAAGAAAUUAUUGAACCUGAACCAGAUACAACUUUGUUUGUUAAAAAUUUGAAUUUUAAAACAACUGAUGAGGACCUAAAAAGGCAUUUCGAAACUUGUGGUAAAUUGUAUUCUGCAAUGGUCACAAUGAAAAAAGAUAUGAAUAAUCCCGGAAAUAAGUUAUCAAUGGGUUAUGGUUUUGUUCGAUAUUUUCUUAAAUCAAGUACUAACAAAGCUUUAAAAGAAUUACAAGGAAGUUCAUUAGACGGAAAAACUUUAGAGUUAAAACGAUCGGAAAGAACUUUAGCGAAUGACGUUAUAACUACUCGUAAAGUAACGAAAAAAGGAAAACCAACGGGUUCGAAGCUUUUAGUUCGUAACGUUCCUUUCCAAGCCAAAAAAGAAGAACUUUUUGAAUUAUUCAAAACAUUUGGCGAGAUAAAGGCGUUAAGAUUACCCAAAAAAAUGACCGUGGGUGAAACAACUCAUAGAGGAUUCGCUUUUGUCGAUUAUUUCACUUCAAGUGAUGCUAAGAAAGCAUUUGAAGCUUUAUCACAAAGUACUCAUUUGUACGGUCGAAGACUUGUUUUGGAAUGGGCUACAACUGAAGAAGGAAUUGAUGAUCUUAGAAAAAGAACAGCAUCUCACUUCCACAAUGAAGAAGCUCCAAAAUCAAAGAAGAGUGUUUUUAAUAUUGAUUAAAAUAAGAUUUAAUAUGGUUUUAAUAUUAAUAAAUAAUAUUAGUCAAGUA